AAAGUAAAUCUCUGCCAUUGGACGCAAGCAACGUGCGGCGAUCAAGUGGCCAAUCACACACGCGGCCUUGCCCGCGCCGCGCCCGACGAGAAAGCACUGACAACUUGACAAGUCAGCUGUCAAGUUGAAGUUGAAACCGGAAGUCUGCGCGAGAGUUGCGAAAACUUCGUACAAAUAAUGACCUUUGCGUAGAAAGUUAGGAACAAUAAAAACUAGUGUUAAGGAUUAACGUUAAGUGUAACAAUGUAUUUAGCAUGGCUAACUUUUCUAGUGCUGGCUACAGAGGGCUGGGCGCAGGAGGACGACGACGACGGGCCCUACCGCGGCAAGCUGCUCGAGAAACUCAACUCCUACCAUCACCAGGUGACGGGCGAGGUGUAUGCGGUGGACGACUGGACACUGCUGCUGGUGAACUUCAACUAUGAUGGCACAGGGGACGACACCUUCUUCUGGGCUGGGGACUCAGCACGCCCCGGUCCGCAGGGCUUCAUUGUGCCUGAUGAACAUGGCAAGACUAACAUCCUGGAGCGGUACUACAAUGCCGAGGUGCGCAUCUCGCUGCCGGAGGGCAAGCGCGUGUCGCGGCUGAAGUGGUUCGCGGUGUACGACAUCGCGUCGCAGAACGCGUUCGGCGACGUGUACGUGCCCGACGAGUUCGAGGCGCCGGCGCCGCAGACCGCCGCGACCCUGGCCGGGACCGGCGUGUCCAGCGCCACCCUGCAGCUGCUCGACGCCAAGACUAUCCUAGUGCCGGAGUUCCGGUACGACGGUGCGGGCGGCGAGGCGUACUUCUGGGCCGGCGCCGGCCCGCAGCCCAGCGCGCGCGGCUUCAAGCUGCCCGACGAGUACGGAUACCUGGAGCCGAUCCCCGCGUACCGCGGCGCGGACGUGCGCCUGACGCUGCCGGGCGCGCACACGCUGUUCACGAUCAGCUGGCUCGCCGUGUGGGACGCCACCGCGCGGCGUGCGCUCGCCUCCGUGCUGCUGCCCGAGCGGCCCAACGUGCCGCCGGCGCUCACCACCCUGCACCCGCACAGGUCGACGCUGCCGUCGUGCCGGCAGCUGCACCGCGACCUGCAGGUCAGCUGGGAGGUGUUCGGCAACCAGCUCACCAUACAACUCGCCGGCAAGAUCGGAGAUAACGAGUACAUGGCGUUCGGGAUAUCGGGCUCGAGCACGCGGUCGCAGAUGUUGGGCGCGGACGUGGCCGUCGCCAGCUUCGAGCCCGGGUUCCAGCGCGGCCGCGCCACCGACUACAACAUCACCGCUCUAGCGCCGUGCGUUCAAGUGUUAGGACAGUGGCGCGGCGUGUGUCGCGACGAGCGGCUGGGCGCGCAAGACUCCAACCAAGUGUUGACGGCCUCGAGGGCAGAUGGCGUCACCGUCGUCACGUACAGGCGGACCCUGCAGCCCGCGGAGGCGAUCGACCGCGAGUGGGUGACGGACAAGCCCUCGUUCGUGGUGUGGGCCGUGGGGGCGCUCGACUCCGAGCACGAGCCCGCGUUCCAUCGUCUGUGGCCGCGGGCCGACGUCGCGCUCCACGUCUCGCAGCCCGCAGACGACUGCGUGCAGUUCAGCGUGGGCUCCUCUAUGGCGGCCGCGCCCUGGGAGACGGCGGAGCUGUUCGACCCGGCGCUGCGCGUGUUCUCGUUCUCGCUGGGCCCGGCGGGCGGGCCGCGCGGGCUGGCGGGGCGGGGCGCGGCGGGGGGGGGCGGGGCGCCGCUCGCCUGGUACGUCAACGGCCAGCUCGCGCCCGACCUGCAGAUACGGAGGGGCCUGCACUAUACUUUUAAGGUGUUCGGCGGCAACAACCCGCACUCGGCGCACGAGUACCACCCGCUGAUCGUGUCGGUGGACCCGCGCGGCGGGCUCGAGCAGCUGGCGGAGGCCGCGCAGCGCGCCGUGCGGGUGCUGGCCGGCGUGCACUACACGCGCCGCGGCCGCCUCACCGCCACCGCAGCGGGCCCCCUGUGCCUGGGUCGGCACGCGGCGGGCGCGGACCCGCGCCGCGCGGCCGACUUCACCACCUUCCGCGCGUUCAACCGCACGCUGCAGUGGGGCUGCGCCGCCGGCCCCGCCGCGGAGCUGCACGUGGCACCCAACGACACCUGGCCCGACCUAGUCUACUACAACUCCUUCACGCACGCCGGUAUGGGCGGGCGCAUCUUCGUGGUGGACCGGCCGAAACGCAACCUCAACAAGAAGGGCAACGGCGCCGCCGCCGGCUCCGGCCCGGCGCCGCUGCUGCUGGCUGCAGCCGUCGCCGUCGCGAGGUUGUAG